UACUUGCCGUCAAAUUAUUUUUUCUUCGUUCAUUCGUUCAAGAGGGAAAAUCUUAAAAAAUCAAGAACAUCCUGUAGAAAUGGAGCAAACCCAAAAGACAUGUGAGAAUACCAACGAGCAGGGAAUCGAGGAACUACCACCGUCUGACGAGAAGGACUCUGGUCCCGCUGAACCCCAAGACCGGCCACGAGGUUCCCGUCGUGCUCGUAGUCUCACUGAUGAAUUUUUGGCCCACAUGCGGCGGUCUCUUGAAAAGAAUCUGGAUGAGCCUAAGGAGAAAUCGUCUAAAGAGUCCAUCCAAGUUGUGGCAGAGGAAGAAGAACCCGGCGAGUCUACUUCUCUCCAAGGAGAUAAUGAGGACGAUAAGGACAAGACAGAGGCAUCCCGUAUAUACAUUUAUGCAACUUCACCCCAUGAUGAUGAAGACACUAAGCCCGAUCAGUUGAAUGACGACGAGGAAUUCGAGGAAAACGAGGCCUCCGUCGACGAUCCAGAGUCUGAAAUUGAAGACUCCUCGGACUCUGACGUUGACAACAAUGUUUAAGGAUUCUUUAUAGAUAUAAUGGUACACAUAUUUUUUCAAUAUCAUUUAAUUACAUGAAAAAAAAAAACAUAUUUCCACGAUAAACUGUAAAAUCUUGUUAAAAACGCGGCCC